GCCUGAAGGCAUCACGUUGCUAUGGUAACUCAACGCUGAAACCUGAGGGAGAAGUACAUUCAGCGUCUAGCUGAGAUAAAACGGAGCCACGUGUCUUAGAAUCCAGCAAAAGCUGUCUAAAACGGACAAACACGCAAUGGAGAAACUUGAAGACAUCGAAAGUUUUCUGAAGAAUGUUGAUGAAAUAAGUCAGCUUGUGGAGGACCUAAGGUCUUGUGAUGCUGAAGCCCAACAAAAAGCAAUGGAAAAAGCUGAUUGCUACAUCACUUCCUUGGCAGAGCCCUGCAGAACCAAAAUCAACAAGAUGACAGUCAACACAAACCCACUGCCACUCCCUCCUUCCAUAACUCCUCAGACUGAAACUCCAGAGAAUUUCAUGAAGAUUAUGGAGAUGGAUGCAGAAGAAAGGAGAGUUCGGAAAGCUGCAAAUGUGAAAAAGGCUAUCGCGUUCAAGGACAAAGGGAAUGAAGCUUAUGCUCAAGAAGACUAUGAAACUGCUGUAAAGUAUUACAGCGAUGGUUUGGCUGAAAUCAAAGAUAUGCAGCCGCUGUACACAAACAGAGCUCAAGCCUAUAUUAAACUGGGAAAGUACAAUGAGGCCGUCAGUGACUGUGAAUGGGCCCUAAAGUGUAAUGAGAGGUGCAUAAAGGCUUAUCUACACAUGGGUAAAGCAUAUCUGGGAUUGAAGAAAUAUAACGAGGCAAGAGGCUGUUUUGAAAAGAUAGAAGAAAUUCAACCUGGGAAGGAAAAAAUUGUGAAAGAAUACCUGACCCAGGUUGAUUUGGGAAAGGAGAAAGAGACUCAGGAGAUAAAGGCAAGGGAAGAGUUUGACAAGGGGAAGAGGAAGGCCACAACAGUGGUGGAGCUGUUGGAGAAGCUGUCAAAACCCGGUCAGAUUGCCCUCUACUACUGCGGAGGAUUGGAGAUUUUGUCACAAGCACUUACUGACUGUACAGGGCAGACCCUUUUCAGGCUGAACAAUGGCUUUAGUAUCAUCACCAGCAAUGUCACGGUGAGAAGUUGCCUGUUGGAGAAAACAAAUGAUCCAGAGAGUCGUGAGCUGUGUGUGUCUGUUUUUAAAAUAUGGAGGAGAGUUUGUUGUGGAAAUGAUGAAAACCAGAAGCUGUUGAUGACAUGUCCGGUCGCCACACAGUCCAUUGUUCAUUUGGCUUCAUCGGAGCAUGAUGAAGUGGCAAAAGAAUGUCUGGCACUGCUGUCGGUGUACUCAGAGAUACCACGUGGCAGACAUUUGGCCAUUGAGAGCCUUGAUUUGAACAUGUUAGUGAGGAACCUCAUGGUGUGCGUCUCAAAGCCAAAGAAGCAGCAGGAGAACACAGCGGUCAACAUUCUGCAGAACUUUGCAACAGAAAGCCGGUUUUGUAUUCAGUUGAGAGAUGUUUUGACAGACUCAGUCAUUCUGCCAGUUACAACAAUACUGAAAAAUGUCAACACGUCCAAUCAACAUAUACUUCCGUCACUGAUAUCAGGUCUCGGCUGUCUGGCUAGAGAUGACGUCAUUCGUCACAAGCUUGCUCAUAAUCCUGAUUGUUGGAAGGCCUUUCUGGUUGCUGUUAGGACAUGCAUUGCAUCUGAAUACAGAGAGAUCCUCUACCCUUUACUUGGCUUGAUUAUGAACCUUUCAACCGUCACCUCCCCUGUCGUCCAGGAGCUUUCUGUUUCACUCUGCGACUCCUGUGUGGAUCUCCUGAGGCAUAACGACGAGGGAAUCAUAACUAGAGCCACAGGUGUGCUAAGCACUGUCCUACCCCAGUCCUCACAAGCCGUUCAGCAUGUUAUCCAAAGGGAAAUGGUCAAAACCAUGUGCAGGCUCCUGAAGGGAGCCGGGCAGACUGCCACUAAGUAUGCCAUUAAGACUUUGACAGUGUGCACUGCUGCCAGUCACUUGGCACGGGAGAAGCUGGUGAACUCUGAUAAAAAAUUGUCUAUAAUACGUCGUUUGCUGAGCUCCAGCUGUGACAAGAUGGUCUCAGGAAAUGCAGCCCUGUGCUUGGCCCACUGCCUUGAUUUGGAGGGAGUUGCCAGUGACCUGCUGGGCACUGAUAUUGUGCUGUUGCUGCUGCAGCACGCUGCAGGAGAUGCUAAGAGGACAGCUGUGCAGCAAAAUGCAGCAAUAGCUCUUGGGAAGUUGUGUCGAUGUGAACCCAGACACAUGAGCAAACUUCGAGAACUACACGGCCUUGAGAUUCUGCACUCGUGUGUAAAGCUCAUCUCAUGAACCCCUGACCACACAUUUUAUAAUAUCCUUCCUUGACCCCAGUCUUGUUUUCUCCUGUAUUCUGUGUUAGGCGUUGAUACUUGCUUACCUUUGGGUAAAAGUGAAAGUAAAUGAAAAUGAAGACGUGCCAGUCCUGGUUGUUUAUUAGUCUUCCUAUUUAUUAAAUUUCAUUUAAGAUUAUAUUGAUUUGCUAUUACAGAAAACCAAGUCUGACUAGAGAUUCAUUAAAUAUUUGCUGUAUUUCAUUUGGAUUUGAGUCUCCUCCGUUCUUCUUGUAUUUAAACACUGAACAGUGUUUAAAUACACUGUUCAGUGUAUUAGAACAGUGUAUUUAAACACUGAACAGCUACAAUAUUCCGUGCUUAUUUUUCAUGGAGGUAUUUCAUGUAUGAAUCACCACAUAAGUGCACCCAGUUAUACCUUGUUUAUAUGAUUUGAAUGCCAUUAUUUUAUAACAUCAAAUAUCUGCUUCUUGUACAGUUGAAUAAGCUGUAUUGUAUUGUUGUAUUUUCAAGGAUUGAUAUUGACCAGACAAGGC